CCGCGUGCCGGUUAUAGAUAAAAGUGUUUUACCGUUUAAUAUCAUUCAGUUUUUAUUUUUGCGCAAAUUAAAGUAAGGUCUAGAAAGUGGAAAAAAUCCAUAAAUUACAUUUUAAAAUUAGUAAAACGAGAUUAGAAAAAAGAUAAAUUCACUUAAAAUGUCGAAGAAUAAAUUUAAUUUGACAAUACCACCAUCGGAUUCAACGAUGUCGAUGGAUACACCUUUGAACAUUCCAUCUCAGUCACAAGUACCGAUCAAUAAAAACAGUUCUGAUGAAUAUCCAACCAUUGUUGGUGAUUCGGAAUCGUUUGAACCGAAUGUGAUGAAUGUAAAAAACCAGUUUGAUUCAAACAUGUCAACACCGGCAAGUGUUCAUUCGACCGAAAUUCAAUCGCAAUCAUUCCAAACACCGCCCGGCUUAAUGUCCAAGAAUGACUUUGGUCCUUCGGAUCCGAAGCCGAUGAAUAUUUCGCCGAAGCAAUUGGAAAGAUCAACGAGAGAAAAUCAAACUUUAAUGUACGAGAAGCCAUCAAUGGACAUGUAUGGGCAAUCAAAUGCGUUGAAAAAUCAGAACAAUUCACCAUCACCUGGUUCAUCGACCUCGAUUAAUUCACCAAUUAUUCCACCGCGAUCAUUUAAAAGACUACCCAUCAGGAAUCAAUUUAAUACGGCUCCAGUGAUUGCUCCAAAACCUAUGAACGUGACGCCGAAACCAUUAGACAGAGCCACAAUUGAAAUGUUUGAGAGACCAUCAAUGCAAACCUAUGGGAGAGAUUAUGGAAGUGCGUCAAAUUUAAUACUACCAUCAUCUGGUUCAUCAUCAACUUCGAUUGAUGCACCAAAUCCAUUGAAUAUUCCGCCGAGAACAUUCCAAAUGCGACCAAACACAAUGCCGAAAAAUAAACCAAAUUUAACAUUGCCAUCGGCUCCAAUAAAUUCGCCGAAUGUACAGUAUGUUCCUCCAAUGUAUGAGUUGACCCCAAUGAUAGUGCCAAAGAAUAAACUCAGCUUAUCGUUGCCAUCGGCUUCGGUAAACAUAUCAAAACCGAUAGAAACUUCACCCUCACCAUUUGAAACAUCAUCGGACUCAGAUUCAAGUUUGCUAAAUCAGACGAAGAACAGUGUUGAUUCGAUGACGAAAUUAUUCGAAGAGCUCGAUGUGGAUGAGUAUGCUCAAAAUCGUUUGAAAUUAUUCUUGAAGCAACGCGAAGAAAUUGGCGAAAUUCGUGCAGAUGAUUUGGAAAAAAUUGGCGAAAUUGGUUCUGGAAAUGGGGGUUCGGUGAUGAAAGUGCGUCACAUCCCAACGCAGUUGAUAAUGGCACAAAAAAACAUUCAUUUGGAAAUCAAGCCAACGAUUAGAAAACAAAUUCUACGCGAAUUGCAAGUGUUAAAUCACUGCAAUUAUCCGCAUAUUGUUGGAUUUCACAAUGCAUUUCAAGCUGGUAGUGAAAUCAGUAUUUGCAUGGAAUACAUGGACGGUGGAUCUUUGGAUUUUAUUUUAAAACGAGUUAUACGCAUUCCCGAACCAAUUUUGGGAAAAAUUACACUCGCUGUGCUCAAAGGAUUGAGCUAUUUACGCGAUAAACAUGCAAUCAUGCACAGAGAUGUAAAACCCAGCAACAUUCUCGUUAAUAGUUGCGGUGAAAUUAAACUUUGCGACUUUGGCGUAUCUGGGCAAUUGAUCGACUCCAUGGCAAAUACUUUUGUCGGCACACGGAGUUACAUGGCGCCUGAGCGAUUGUUGGGUGAUCAUUAUUCGGUGCAGUCAGACAUUUGGUCAUUGGGUAUGUCACUCAUUGAAAUGGCGAUUGGAGUUUAUCCGAUACCACCACCAACUCGACAAUUUAUCGACGAAAUUCUUAAGGACGAUAAACCACCACCGCAACCAAAGAUGGCCAUUUUUGAUCUUCUUGAAUACGUUAGCAAUCAACCGCCACCAAGAUUAGAGCACGAAUAUUUUAGCAACGAAUUCAGUCAUUUCACCGAAAGUUGCUUGCAAAAGGAUCCAAAUGAACGUGCUAAUCUUGCAACGCUUUUGAAACAUCCUUGGAUUAAGAAAUACGAGAACCAACCGAUUGAUGUUGCUGGAUGGGUUUGUACCGCAAUGAACUUACCACCAUCAACACCAACUUAAAGAAGAGUCUUUACUCAAUAAAAAUAAUAAUACAAAAAAAAAUCUUUUUACAAAUUUAUUGGAGAUCAAAUGAUCACAUAUUUCUAAAAACCAUUGCCAUAUCUAUAGAGUUUGAAAAUAUGAAAUAAAACUAAACAAAUAAACAUACAAUGCAUUCUA